AUGAAGGGGAAGUCUGUCGUUGAGAAACAAAUAUCUGAGACGGCAAAUAGAAAGAUGGGCCUGUUAAAAGAUCUCUCGUCGAAAACUGCUGCAUUCAAACAAACAAGCAAGAAACUUGGACAGCGGGCGGUGGUCGAGAGCAAGCUACGGCACGUAGAACAUGUCCUAGAAGAGACAUUUGCAGCGAUAGAGAAACCGUUGCUGGCAGCGUCCGGAUUUCCAGAAUUCGCCCCCUCACCUGAGUCGCAACAAGGGUACUAUCUGAAGAAGAGUCCGGGUUUCAGGUCCCUGUGUGACAUGCAACGUGGAAGCGAAUCACGUCUGACUAGAAAAACCCGCUAUGUCAUUGUGGUUGACCUGGCAAUGGACAUGGCAGUCUACCUCCCCGACGUCCGGGAGGAGCUUAGCAAGCUCAUGCAGGAAACCAUGCUGAAGCAGCACUCUGUCCUCAAUAUCAUUAAAAUGGGUAAUAAGGUGAUUCAGACAGAUGUGACACAGGUAGAGGCCUGCUUCCCCACUAUGCCUACCCGGGUUGACGAACGAACUGUUCUCGCCGUUGAUAAAUUCAUCAACUCUCUUACGAAAUCCAAACACAAAGGCGGCAGCACCGAUUUUGUCGAAGGUUUCCGAAAAGCACUUCUCAUGAAGCCCGAUGUGGUGUACUUGGUUUCCCAUACUCCACCCUCGGCAGUGCGACAUCAAGAGACCUGCGUCAAGAUGAUUGAGGACUACUUUCAGGCUUUAAAGGACACCGGAUUGCCGACGGACGCCUAUGGUCACCGCCCCCCGGCCGAAUUUAGAUAUUUUGCGUUUCGUAGUCCUCUCGCUCAGCCUUCACACGAGCAAUUCUUCCGUCAGAUGUGUGUUGUCUCGGCCGACCCCGAUGAUCCAGAACGUGUGGCCGAAAUGAACUGCGUACUCACAGAUCGGGAGGCCUUGUGGAGAUCAGUCCUCAGGGAUACGAAACAGGCGAAGAAGCUACGGGCAAGAUUGAAGAGAACAGCCCAAGUUGCCGAGACUAGAGAACAGCUCCGCCGCGUAGUGCCGGACCUCCGGGAGAAACUGCACAUCGAAGCGGCCGUCGAAAAGCUUCUUAGGAUGGAUCAAGAGAAG